CCCCUUGGAUCUUGUCAGCGUCGCCAUCCGUCAUAUCGGUGUGCCUCAACCAUCACGACCGUCAAUCACCCUAUCGACCCGGUCGUGGUUUCGAUAAACCCUUGCCUCCUGAUCGCAUGCCUCCCGUGAGAAUUCCCUCAGCUAACCGUCCGACCCGUGCACUAGACCGUGGAAUUCCAUCCAUCUGGCACCUCCCGCCCUAUCUCUCUCGAGUCUCCACACCGACACGCAUCACAUACCACCUCUAGGUUCCAUCUCGACACCACACCGCCAAGAUGGGUCUCAGCAUUUCCUCGCUGUUCGACAAGCUAAAUUUAAUGCGCAAGAAGGAGAUGCGCAUUUUGAUGGUUGGUUUGGACGCCGCCGGAAAGACCACCAUUCUGUAUAAGCUGAAAUUGGGUGAAAUCGUCACCACCAUCCCAACCAUCGGCUUCAAUGUCGAGACGGUCGAGUACAAGAACAUCCAGUUCACCGUGUGGGAUGUCGGUGGCCAGGACAAGAUCCGUCCGCUGUGGAGGCAUUACUUCCAGAACACCCAGGGCAUCAUCUUCGUCGUGGACAGCAACGAUCGUGACCGUAUAGUCGAGGCGCGCGAGGAGCUGCAGCGCAUGUUGAACGAGGACGAGUUGAGGGAUGCCUUGCUCUUGGUCUUCGCCAACAAGCAGGAUCUUCCGAACGCCAUGAACGCCGCCGAGAUUACUGACAAGCUUGGCCUUCACAGCCUCAGGCAACGUGCUUGGUACAUCCAAUCCACCUGCGCCACCUCCGGAGACGGUCUCUACGAAGGUCUCGAGUGGCUCAGCAACGCCCUCCGCAAGGCCGGGCACAAUUAAAUUCGUACCACGCCCGAUUCCAGCACUGGAGGGACCUACGCGCGUUACGAUCCACCCUCUCUCCACGUGCGGCAAAACCGAUUAUCGAUAAACAUCUGGUUUCCAUCCC